AUGGUGAUGAGAAAUGUAUAUGCAGCACUGAAGUUGGAUAGUGUGGAUGAGUUACAGGGGCAGGAGUCUGAGCCGGAUAGUGUGGGCGCAUUACAGAGGCAGGAGUCUGGGCAGGUUGGUGUGGGUGUGUUACAGGGGCAGGAGUCUGGAAAGGACAGUGUGGGUAGUGUGGGUGUGUUACAGGGGCAGGAGUCUGGGCCGGAUAGCGUGGCCGUGUCACAGGGGCAAGAGUCUGGGCCGGAUAGUGUGGGCGACUUACAGGGGCAGGAGUCUGGGCCGGAUAGUGUGGGCGACUUACAGGGGCAGGAGUCUGGGCCGGAUAGUGUGGGCGACUUACAGGGGCAGGAGUCUGGGCCGGAUAGUGUGGGCGAGUCACAGGGGCAGGAGUCUGGACCGGAUAGUGUGGGCGAGUCACAGGGGCAGGAGUCUGGGCCGGAUAGCGUGGGCGAGUCACAGGGGCAGGAGUCUGGGCCGGAUAGUGUGGGCGACUUGCAGGGGCAGGAGUCUGGGCCGGAUAGUGUGGGCGACUUGCAGGGGCAGGAGUCUGGGCCGGAUAGUGUGGGCGACUUGCAGGGGCAGGAGUCUGGGCCGGAUAGUGUGGGCGACUUGCAGGGGCAGGAGUCUGGGCCGGAUAGUGUGGGCGACUUGCAGGGGCAGGAGUCUGGGCCGGAUAGUGUGGGCAACUUACAGGGGCAGGAGUUUGGGCCGGAUAGUGUGGGCGAGUCACAGGGGCAGGAGUCUGGGCCGGAUAGUGUGGGCGAGUCACAGGGGCAGGAGUCUGGGCCGGAUAGUGUGGGCGAGUCACAGGGGCAGGAGUCUGGGCCGGAUAGUGUGGGCGAGUCACAGGGGCAGGAGUCUGGGCCGGAUAGUGUGGGCGAGUCACAGGGGCAGGAGUCUGGGCCGGAUAGUGUGGGCGAGUUACAGGGGCAGGAGUCUGGGCCGGAUAGUGCGGGCGAGUCACAGGGGCAGGAGUCUGGGCCGGAUAGUGUGGGUGAGUCACCGGGGCAGGAGUCUGGGCUGGAUAAUGUGGGCGAGUCACAGGGGCAGGAGUCUGGGCCGGAUAGUGUGGGCGAGUCACAGGGGCAGGAGUCUGGGCCGGAUAGUGUGGGCGAGUCACAGGGGUAGGAGUCUGGGCAGAAUGGCUUAAAUGAGCUGCAGCUGAAGGGCGAAGAAAUGGACAAGACAGUUCCAGCUCUCCAUGUCUUGAAAGGAUGUUGAGGGUA